AGAAUUUCUUAUAAAAUGCCAAAAAAAGGCCAACACCUUAUUUCUUCUAAAUAUGAGCAAAAGAAAAAACAAGCACGGAGAGCAUCUGAAUCAAGUGAAAGCUCCGAAGCUGAAAGUUAUGCCACAGCUGAAUCUCAAUCUCCUGGACCAUCAACACCUCAAGUCUCAAGUAUUUGGGGCGAUCAUUCGAAAACAAGUAAAAUACAAACUGUAGCACUUGCAUCACUCAAAACUGGUUUUCAACAUAUUUUAUUUCAAAAUCCUGAAAAAUAAAAAUUUAGUUACCUAUUGCUUCAUUUGUAAGAAAAAAUUUGCUGAAAAUGACGACCUGACACAAACAAAAUGCGGUUGUUUGUU